CAGCGACGCGGACGGGCACACAGUUUAGACAAUCGCUCCGCUAUCGCUACAACGCGUUAGUUGCGAUGACAUGACGUUUUGGUUGUUACAAGAGAUCCAUAGCUGGAAUAGAAGAUGACAAGUGAAAGUGAUAAUGAGUCAGCAUUCUAUGUUGUUCAAUUCAUAGAUGAUGAACUGCCUUUUGAAGGAAUUGAUGAUUAUGUAUGCGUGCCGCGCGCUUGGGUAGUAGUACUCAAAGGGACGAAUGGCAAGUCUGUUGUUGCUUAUCCUGAAAACGAAGAUCCUUUUGAUACGAGAAAUCGCUUGAAGAGAAAAGAGCGAAUCAAUGAUGAGUGGAAAUUUUAUAUGGCCUCUAUCAAAUAUGAGUCAAAUUCUUACGAUGAUGCAGAACUUUGGAUCGCUACGAGAAAUAAUUAUGGACCUGUGGUUGAAGAAAAAUCAAAAGUAACAGAUAUACAACCAGAGCUUUCGAUAAACAAGAAAUUGCGCAGCGUCAAUAAAAACCAUUCGUCAGAAUCCAAUGAUAAUUUUCGGAAACCACUGCCCAGAACAUCAAUCAAGCGACCAUCAAAGUCAAAAUCGAGGAAAGAAAUUAAUGAACAACGGUUGAAACUAGAUGAAUCUGCUCAGUCAUCCAGUGUGGUUGUUAAUGACGCCAAAGUAGAGCCUCGAUCUCCAAAAAGAAAACAGUCGGUUAUCAUUCAGGAUAUCCAAUCAAUGGAAAAUUCUCACGCAGAAAAAUCUGUCGUUUCUCAUGCUGAAGAAAAUACUGAACCAAGGUCUAAAACUCCGUGUACUGAUAAAACCGAACAAGCUUUAAGCUCACCCGUAAAAGACGUUGAUAAACGUAUUGAAGUUACCAAUGUCGAUGACAAAGAUCACUCUCAACGUGUUAAGAAGCCCGAACAUAAUAAUAACAUGAGCCAAGCUAACUCUUCUAGCAACGUAGCGGAUGUGUCAAUGGCAGCAACGCAACCUUCUACUGCAGAUAAACAGAGCACUCAGCCGAAUCAGUAUAAUCAUCAAGAAUGUAUUCCAGACAGAAGUUCACUAUCAAACUUUCUACCACAGAUUGAGAAUGUUCGAUCACUUGCAAAUGUUGACGAUCACAAACUACCUGUUAAUGAAGUUUCAAGUCAGAAAGUGUCUUCCGAUUAUGAGGAAUUAUGCUCACCCAAAAUUAUUGCAUACAGUCACAUGAAUGCGGGUCGACGUUUAGUACCAAUUCAAAGACCGGACCGGAAUUCAAUCGCCCAAACCAGACCUUUGUCGACGAGCUCAGUAGAACAACUACCAGUGGUUAUUCAGAAUCAAUCUCAAAAUGAUCCACAAGUUUCAAGAACGCACACUGGAAAUAGUUCCAGAGACCAAACAGUUCCGCUCAGGAGCAUUGGAAUGAUCUCUCAAGAAAUUCAUGGACCUAGAAUCAAUUUCGAUCCAAGGAAUGUUUUUCAGAGUGUCAAUAAUGCUGCAGCUACUUCACAACAGCCUUCAAGCUUAUCUCAUAAGCCUCCUAGCUAUAUCCAACGAUCAGAUGGACAUCAAAAUUCAGUAGCGCAUGAACAAUAUUAUACGAACUCUUAUCAAAAUCAAUAUCUACCGACCAACCAAGAUAACUUUCAACAAGAACUACUUCGGGGUUCUACAGAGAGAAACACUUACGAUCAUCGACCUACAUCUCAAACUAUCAAUAUGAGGAUUCCAUUAAUCAGACAAAAUUCAACAACGACAAAUUUUCGGAAUUCAUUACAGCAAGCGUUAGCAACAACUAGUUAUAAUAACUUCCUUUCGAAUAAUCCACAACUUCAAGCAAGAAUAAGUCAACGAUCUACUGGAGAUAACAAUGAAGACUUAACAACCAGCCCGCAGAAUGUCAUAGCAUCAGAAACAAGGCACAGACAAAACACAGAAAUGCCUAGUUGCUCUAUGUACCAACCAUCCAGAAUACAACAUACAGCACCCCAUGAAAACAGAUAUCAAAACCUAUGCAAGCAGCAACAGUUGGUUCACCAUUCUACUCAAACGAAUUCAAAGAGAAAGCGAGUUCACUUCAUUGAUGACGCUACUAGGUUACCUGUGAACGGAAUUCAUCUAAACGACAUGGACAACGCGUGUCAAAUAAACGAGUGCACGGUAGAUGAAAAUCUGUCACCAUACCAUGCAGUAACUUCAGAUUAUGAUGCUGUUACGAAUCAGGAAGUAAUCUCAGAUCAUGAGAUGUCAUCAGACGAAGCACCUGCUGAAACAACUAACAAUGCUUACGGAACUGCAAAUGAUCCUAGGCGUAGUUCUGCAGAUAGACCGACAGCUGCCCAAAACUCUACGGUAAGGAGCUGCCAGAUGAAUCCCAGAAUUAUUUUAGAGCAGCAAAUGUUGGACAACUUUUCUACCCUCUUUACUCAAAUGGGAUCUACUUUGCGUCAUACGACUGAUAUGUACAACACCUUACGAAGUUCCAUCCUCGAUACUGCCAUGACAUUCAAAAAGUUAUUGGGUGCUGUCGAACAAUUUAACACAGCGAGAAUCACAGCUAACAAUGCAUCUCUUUCGAGCAACCCAGUACCAGAUGUUCCACAGCCUUCUGAAGAAAGACACACUACAAUAACAGCGAGUGCCAGUACUAGUAAUCAAAAUCAACAUAGUAAUGAUGUUGCUAACAAAACGCCGAAAAAGAAACCCAGGAAGUUGUUCCGAUUCGUUCUACCACCGGAAUAUAACGCUCAUGAUUCAAGAUGGACAUUGAACUAUCCAGAAUAUCUGCCAGGGCUCGUAGAACUUGUACCUGAAAGUCAAAUUUACGUCAGCUACGGACACCUCAAAUAUUGUCAGCUAGUGUCGAAAGAUUGCCCAUCAUUAGCUCGACGAUUAUUAACAGAAGUCUUCAACAGAAAUGCACUGAGUGUUUGUUCAUCAUUGAGUGAGACAGCGAAGGCUUCUAAUAGUGUCGGUUCUAAUAUAAGGCCAGAUUUAGAUGACCAUGCGUGUUCGGUACUGUUGAAUUUUGUUAUAGAGCAUGGACUCCAACGUGAUUGGAAUACUGAUCUUAAACCUAUCCUCGAUAUGAUACACAGUAAGAUGCAAGAGAUUCGCUUCAAAUAUGGUAAAAUAGUUGAAUGUUGAUGACACAAACUGGGCCUACGACAGUUUAAUGUGCAAGUACUGCCCGGACAAAACCGACGACGUCAAGCACACGUUUUCCGAGUGCGAACGCUGGAUCAGGCAACUUCAAGCAAGACUCUCAACCCUGCAAGUCUAGUGAACGACAUGAUACGAAGAGAAGAACACUGGACUUAAACCGCAGCUGACGCGCGGCGUUUUUCAAUGAAAACAAUUUCAGAAAGACUGGAAUUAAGUGAUGCUGACGCCGCUUAGACCCAGUCUUUCUUGCACUAUGUGGAAGGGCGUUUCUGGAUAGUGAAAAUUCUACACUACCGAACUUCAUCGUUCGGUGUCUCAAAAAAUUUUUACCCUCGUCAAAAAAAUAAAAGCAAAGACUUUUUAAGAAUUUUAAGAAUGAAUGUUCGUUUGUAAGUAAAUCUAUUAAAUCAUUUAUAUUUUUUUGGUUUUUAUGGCAUUCAAAUGCUUUAUAAAUAUUAUAAAGGCCUAAAAUUAAGAAAUUAGUGUAAUUAUGGCAUUUAAUAACAUUGUUAUAAUAUGAAUUCGGAAUCACGGGUUAAACUUAUUAGAGAAAAUAAUGAUAUAGCAUUAUAUAGUUUACUAACGUAUGAUCGUUAAUAGUUGCAAUUUUCAUUGUGUAUGUUAAGUGGAUUUACAAGAUGUCAACAGUGUCAUUCAUACUCAUAGUAACACAAAAGAGUUCACAAGCUGAAUUGUAUGAAAAUAAAAAAAUAAAAUAAUUGAAUAA